AUGCCUCCACAUUUGACCCUCUCCAGUGCAAAUGUAAAUGAUUACAGUGAUGACGAUGACAGCUGGCUCUUUCUCCAUGUGAUGGAAGAAAAUGAACAGCCCAGUUUGGUGCCCAGAAUAAGCCCCACUGUCUUGUUUGCCGAUGUAGGGGUGCCGAAUCUUGCAGUGAGAAAGUUUCAGGUGAGUGCAUUGAGCGAUGCCUCCAAAAUUGUCAAACAUGAAUUUUUUGCUUAUACUCUUGAAAGUUUUUUUUUACAAAGAUAAAGCUCGUAGUGCCAAACUACAGUAUGUCAGAGAAUACAUGUCUUGUGAAUUUAAGCGCAUGUUUAAAAUAAUAAAGAAAGGUCAUGAUAUCUCUCUGAAUGAUUUAUCAAAGCCAUUGGUUGACUGCUUCAAAUCAGUUUUACGCCGAUAUAAGACAGACUCUAAGACUCACCUUGAUUUAACAAAGGCCAUUAGUAGCAGGCAGUUUAAUGGUUUUAUUUCAAGAAUUUCUGAUGCUGAGACACAGGCCGUUUGUGAAUUCCUUGAUCAUCAGUUGAGUGAAAUGAAGGACAGUGAGCUGAGAACCCCGUCCGCUGUCAAAGAUGAUGUAAAUCUGAUGACAACACUUAUUACUGUCAAUAAUCGUGUAAUGGAUAAACCAUUGACUCUCACUGAUAUCUCUCGGAUUAAUGAGAUGCUCCGUCACCGUUGA